AUGGCAGGAACAUGGUUUGCGGAUGCCAGAGCAGAGAGGGAAGGAUGGAGGUUGGACAUCGUGUCUCUUUUGGCCGUCAUCGGCGAGAGCUCCAUGGAAGGGCAUUCCCAGACACUGACUUCCUCGUGGACCUGCCUCCUACCUCGAAUCAUCCCAGCCCCACAAACCCUCCUCAAAGCCAGUCGUCCAACUCGAAUGCCACAAUUUCCGUCAGCUGUGGUUGGCAUUUACAACGGCACCCUCGUUUCCACCCUCAACUUCUUUCCCAACAUCAUCCACCCCCUCGAUGACCUUCCACCAUUUUCCUUCAAAGUCUACGAGAUCAAGCACAAGGACCAGACGCCACCGCCCUCGAGGACCGCGAGUACCGUGCAGGAGAAUAAUAAAGCGGGGUCCGCCUCCACGAGCGUUGAUGUUGGUGGUCUAGAGAGCGGCGAACCUACUCCACUACGACGGCGCAAAACUACCUUCCAAAAGAUCCAAGAAUCGCUCACCGGCGAGACCAAGCCCCAUAUACCAACGCAAUCACUCUCCCCUUUAAAUGUCCUCUCCGUCACAUCAUUUCUCCUGACGAUAGGGCUCCUCGUGUGGGCAAUCUUGAUCCAAGAUGGCACGGCAGUCCUGGCGCUGGUAACAAUCUCCAUGGCCUCAUCCAUUAUCGGCUACGCCUCGUGGUGGUCACCAGUUCUGACAAAACGAGUCUUCCACUCCAAAGUUCCUGAUGGAGACGUCGCCAUCCGAACCCGAGAAGGAGCAUUCAUCAUUGUGAAGUGCAACGAAAAUGUGGCUCGGGAGCUCUAUACCGGAACCGAGGAAUGCAAGUACUAUUGCCGCAACAAGCCCUACCGGGUCUUGGUCGGAUUUGGCACAUUCCUUCUGAUGGUUUCUGUAGUGCUGCUUGGCAAUUGCGACUUCCCAAUGCAAGCCGCAAUAGGUGGCUCCUACAUUGUCCUCAACGGUGCCUUCUGGAUGGUCUCCCUCAUGAAAAAGGAUUGGUUUUGGGAUCUGUCAAUCUAUGAGUGGAAGGACGUCACCCCGAUCGAUGCCCAAAACGCCGAUAUAACCCCUGAUCACGCCACUACCAUGGAGGAGAAGGCAAGUUUUACGAGGACUAUGUGGUAUGCUAUUCGGGAGACAAAGAGGAUUGGUUGGGUUAAGAAGAGCGGUGCUGCGCCAGACACUCCACAAUGGGACCAAUGGCUCAGAGAUGCGGAAGCAAAUGCUCUUGCUAAUAAUAGGAAAUGGAACGCGGUGCAGCAGCGCGAGGAGGUCGUUGGUCUGCUAGACAAUAUUACCGUUCCUGAUAGUCCGAUAGACACUGUGUUGCAGCAUGCUCCUGCCAUAGAGGUCCCGCCACCUGCUAUGAGAUGA